AGGAACCGGACUUAUCGGCAGUCCUCUGGAUGAAAAUGUUCAUACAGAAUGACAUUUAAACCGAAGGAAGGGAAAAGAAAACAAACACUUGCUAGGGCACGGCUGAGAUCGACUCUCACAGGUGAAAAUCAGUUGAUACAGAAAUGGAUGAGGAAACCUCAAAUAAGGAGACAACAGGAGUUGGUGAUGCUGAAGUUGUAAUUGACGAGAAAAGGGAAAGUGAAAUUAUUGAGCCAAAGGUGGGAACGAUGUUUAAUAGUGUUGAUGAGAUUUAUGAAUUCUUUAGAAGCUAUGGAUACCAUAUGGGAUUUCCAGUAAAGAAACGAACAACAAAGAAGAGUAUAGAUGGCAUACUUAGAUACGUGACGUUUACAUGUGGACGAGCAGGAAAAGGAGAGAGUUCAUCAAACAAUUUAGUGAAACCACCGACGUCUCAAGUUGGAUGUAAGGUGAAGUUGACGGCAAGUUUAUGUGGAGAAAAUAAAUGGCGGAUUAAUACUGUUAAUCUUGAACAUAAUCAUGGGUUAUGUCCUAGUCAAGCUGCGUAUUUUCGAUGUAAUUGGCAGUUUGGGAAAAAUAAUAAAAUGAAUCCAGAAGGGGGGAGUGAUAGAGGUGUAAAUGAGAAUGUUUUGAAUGUGGAAAGAGAGUGUAGGAGAUGUAGUGGGACUAUGACUCGUUUACAACUUGGGGAAGGAGAUGCAUUUGCGAUGCAAGAGUUUUUUAUGAAGAUGCAAACACGAAGCAAAGAUUUUUUCUGUAGUAUGGAUUUGGAUGAAGAUGGUCGGCUGAGGAAUGUGUUUUGGGCAGAUGGAAGGAGUAGAGAAGCUUACAAGGAAUUUGGUGAGGUAGUCUAUCUUGACACCUCAUUUUUGGCAAACAAGUAUAAUAUUCAGUUAACAUCCCUUGUUGGGGUUAAUCAUCAUGGCAACCUAACUUUGUUUGGAUGCGGGUUGGUUUCAUCUGAUGAUACCGGGACUUACGUGUGGUUAUUUAGGACCUGGCUGGAAUGUAUGUCCAACUGUGCUCCUAAAGGAAUAAUAACGGACCAAGACACAGCCAUAAAAAUUGCAGUUGAGGUCGUUUUCCCUACUAUUAGGCAUCGGUGGUGUUUGUAUCGUGUAAUGAAAAAGAUGCCUGAAAAAUUAGGCGAACUUUAUGGUUCUAUCAGUUCUUCUUUGCAAGAAGUGGUAUAUGAUACACAAAGCCCAACAGAAUUUGAACAAAGUUGGAAUGAGCUGGUUGAAAAGCAUGGAUUGCGUCAUGAUGAAUGGUUGACUGGAUUAUACAAUGGGAGGGAUCGUUGGGUACCAUGUUUUGUAAAAUCCAACUUUUGGGCAGGGAUUUCGGCCACUAAGCGUGAUGAUAGUAUAAAUUUGUUUUUUGAUGGAUUUGUCAAUUCAAAAACAACUUUGAAGAAAUUUUUUGUGGAACAGUAUGAUAAGGCACUGAAGAGUGAAGUGGAAAAAAAGAGUCAGCUAGAUUUUAGGUCAUUUGCUAAAACAGUGCCUUGUAUAACUACUUACGAAAUGGAGAAGCAAGUGCAAAGGGUUUACACCAUCUCAAAAUUUAAAGAAUUUCAGAAAGAGUUGACAGGAAAGAUGUAUUGUGAUGUAAAAUCCAUUCAAGAAGGUUCCAUGGUCUCGGAGUAUCACAUACGAGAGGACAUUGUGAUUGGAGAAGCUAAAAAGAGAAUGAUGUCUACGAUCUCAUUUCAGAGGAAUGACUGUGAAGUUAAUUGCAGUUGUCUCAUGUUUCAAUUUGGAGGGAUACUAUGCAGACAUGCAAUAUAUGUAUUAAUCCGCAAUGAUAUUAUGUUGCUUCCAGACAGUUACAUAUUAAGCAGAUGGAGGAAAGAUGUCAGGAGAUAUUACACAAGGGUCAAAAUUAAUGACAGUUGGUCUGCCACUCCUGAACAGCUGCAGUAUGAUGAGUUAUGUCUCGCAUUUGCAAAGCUUGCACACUGAGUAGCUGGGGACAGAGAAAGUUGUAGACAUGUUUUGGAGUGGAUAAACAAUCAGAAAACAACACUGGCUACAAAAAGAUUAAGUUGCGAAAGUAACCCAGCUCAGAAAUGAAUCUUAGGAGCAAGUUCAACAAAUUAUCUUCAGUGCUGCCAUGUGUCAAUAACAAGAACAGUAGCAAUUGGAAGUCCUGCACAAGCUUUUGAAAGGCAUUCGAUGGUCCAAGUAAGGUCCGAGACUAAUCAAGAGCUAAGUUUCAGCGGUAUAUAUAUAUAUAACUAAGAGGCAAAGAAGGAUUUAAGCAUCGACUGACAUGUUAGUAGAUCUUCAAAAUGAUAUGCAGUUUGCCGUCAGUUUACUGUGGAGGCCCUUGAAUUUCUUUUCCUUCUGAAUUCAAUCCUCACUAUCACAUGUGGGAAAUGGUGGAAGUUACUAUUAAGCCAGGCAGUCAGCGGAAGGUCGGACCAUCCCAUAGUGGAAGCCCAUCGCAGAAUUACAGUAAGUCUCUGCUGUUCCAUCUUCUCUUUCAAGGUUUACGUUGUUUAGGACAAUGUUUUUACAAGGGACUGUGUCGCUGCAGGCAAAUUUCAUCGCCUUUGCCGUCUUUGAUGUUCCUGAGAUGUUUCGGUAUACGAUUUGGCUAAUUUCCACAGCUGACGUCUAACAUUGCAAAAUCAAGAUCAAGAGUUAAUUUUUUUUCUUCGAACUUGUAUAGUCAAUAGCAAUGCGAGUAAACAAUUAUGAUGAUCAAUGAGAGCUAUGUGUUCGAUAGGCUAGUUUAUGGGUUUGAUAUGGUCAAGAAAGAGAUGCGCAGAAUGCAACAUCUUACUUAGUAGAUACCUUACCUGAUUUUUGCAACUCUUAGGCGAAUCGCAGUAGAACUGGUCAAUGAUGAUAGGGUUGGCAACGUCCUCCAUCCUCACGUUCUCAUAACGUACUGCACGAACGAACCCAGACCCACCCUGUUCCAGUUCAGCACCCCAACAUUGGUCGAUUUAGUGAUAUGGAUACCGUCGGUGUUUGGGCUGGUUCCUGGUGCAGAGACUUUGACAUUGGUUAUACGCACGUUGUCACAGUGAGAGAUGACAAAAUUCAUUUGUUGGCCGUUCUGUAUGGUAAGACCCUUCACAUUCACUGCCGAGCUAGUGUCGAUUGUCAGUGCCUACAUCCAUUCGUUUUUAUUAUGUUACUUAUAGUAUUGCAAAUAGUACUGUGUUUUUUCUUUUUAUAAAAAACUCCAAUAAACAUGUCCAACUGUUU